CUGAGUAAUGACGGGUCUCGGGAUCUGGAGUACGUUCGGUCGGUUUGCGCGGCUUCCUUUUCUCGCACCAUGCACGGUGCUGCUCUGCUUUCUGAUUCCAGAAUCUCUCUCCCACCCGCAGCCGUGUCAGAUUCUCAAACGGAUUGGACACACGGUGCGCGUCGGGGCUCUGCACCUACAGCCACGGCUCUUCAGUCACGAUCCCACCUUCAGGGGCAAGACAGAAUCCCUUGUCCCCGUGGAUGAAUGGGACACCGACGGAGGCUCGAGGGAGGCAGCGGAGAGACAGUUGGAAAAGAUUACCAAAAGUGUUAAUGACCACGGUUUACGCAGCCUAAGGACUAAAGGCGCGGGGAACAACCAACAAAGGGACAGGGGGUCAAAAAGUAAAAAUAUGUACAAACAGGUGGAGAGCAAGAGUCGUGUGUUUAUGCCAAGAGAUUCCAUCAUAUUAGCCAUGGAGACGUUAAACCGCAUGGUCGGUUUGUUACCAUAUAAUCUCUCACUGGAGUUGGUGAUGGCUGUGGAAGCGGGGCUCGGGGAAUUACCCGCUUUCUCCUUCUCAUCUAACCCUACCCCUGUGUGUGAAGACCCCAUGUCGUUUCUGCAGAGUGUUUGUCAUACUGUUAUAGUCCAAGGAGUUUCUGCUAUGAUGGCUUUCCCUCAGACCAGGGACGAGCUGGUGAAGUUGGAAUUCAUCGCGUCAGCGCUUCAGAUUCCUGUCAUCAGUGUUGUCCAGAACGAAUUCAAACGGCAGAGUAAGAACCCUCUCCAUUUCCAGAUGCCGAUGCAGAACCCGGCCCUGCCCCAGGUGGAGCUGCUCUACUCCCUGCUGGUGAUCAACAGCUGGUAUGACGUCAGCCUCCUGCUCUGUCAUGAAUGGAAUGUUUCCAGCUUCCUGGUUCGUCUCCGUAACAACACCAAGUUCCACCUGGGUUCUGUGGUCAACAUCACCAACUCCAGCACCUCGCCCAACUCUCACCCUAACAGCUCCGUCUCCAAGGCCGACUUCCAGACCUCUCUACGGGGAUACCUGGAGUCCAUCAAGGAGUCAACGUCUACAGUCGUAACAUUCGGCUGCGACAUCCGGGACAUCAAGAGGAUCUUUAACGUGGUGACCAAGCUGGGCCUGAUGCUGCCAGAGUACCACUGGGUGUUGGGGGACACGCAGGACGUGGAGGAGCUGAGGACCGAGGGGCUGCCGGCGGGACUGCUGGCCCAUGGCAGGAUGGGGACUCCCUCCCUGGAUCACUACGUACAGGAUGGGCUGGAGCUGGUGGCCCGGGUGGUGGGGUCAGCUGCGUACUGCUCUCCUGAGCUCGCCCUCAUCCCCUCCAUCACCAACUGCAUGGAUACACAGAGCAGCCAGAACAGGAACAUGACCUCAGGGAAAUAUCUGUCCAGGUUUCUGUCCAACACGUCGUUUGACGGUCUGAGUGGUUUCAUCUCGUCCCAGGAGGAGACAGUGAUCUCCUCAGAGAGCCAUCACUUUAUCUGGUCCCUGCAAUACGACCCCAUAGGGAAGCCCAUGUGGGCCAGACUGGGCCGAUGGAAGCAUGGCAGGGUGCUACUGGACUACACUGCCUGGACCAACAAACAGGUGACAACAAUAGGUGACUGGCGGCGCCCGUCGCGGCUCCACCUCCGGGUGGUGACGUUAGUGGAACACCCUUUCGUCUUCACCCGGGAGGUGGAUGAGGACGGUCUCUGUCCCGCUGGUCAGCUCUGCCUGAACCCCCUCACCAACAACACAGCCCUGCUCCAGUCUCUCUUCCUCCAGAUGCGGGGGCCUAACGACAGCAUUCCCAUGGAGUACAAGAAGUGUUGCUACGGCUACUGCGUCGAUCUACUGGAGAAACUGGCGGAGGACAUGGGGUUUGACUUCGACCUGUAUAUUGUAGGCGACGGCAAGUACGGUGGGUUUAAGAACGGACGCUGGACAGGGCUGGUGGGGGAUCUUCUCAGCGGAGCGGCCCACCUGGCCGUCACAUCUUUCAGUAUCAACUCGGCCCGGAGCAGGGUUAUAGACUUCACCUCCCCGUUCUUCUCCACCUCUCUGGGCAUCCUGGUACGGACCCGGGAUACGGCCGCGCCCAUCGGGAGGGCAUUCAUGUGGCCCCUGCACUGGUCCAUGUGGCUGGGGAUAUUCGUCUCAGGGAGACUACACGUUACUGCCGUGUUCCUGACCAUCUACGAGUGGAACAGCCCGUUUGGGAUGACGCCGCGAGGCAGGAACAGAGAUAAGGUGUUCUCCUUCUCCUCGGCUCUGAACGUCUGCUAUGCCAUCCUGUUUGGCCGUACAGCUGCCAUUAAACCUCCUAAGUGCUGGACGGGGCGGUUCCUCAUGAAUCUCUGGGCUAUCUUCUGCCUGUUCUGUCUGUCCACCUACACAGCCAAUCUGGCCGCCGUCAUGGUGGGGGAGAAAACCUUCGAGCAACUCUCAGGAAUACACGAUCCAAAGCUUCAUCACCCAUCACAGGGGUUCCGCUUCGCCACGGUCCGGGAGAGCAGUGCCGAGGAUUACCUGAAGAAAAGCUUUCCAGAGAUGCACGAAUACAUGAGACGGUACAACGUACCAGCAACCCCAGAUGGAAUAGAACAUCUGAAGUGA